AAUAAAUUACUUACAAUAAAAUAUGAGAUAUUACUGGUACAUUAUGUAUAGUCUUUGUAUUUUAUUAAAAUAAACCUCGAAAAAAAAAGGCAUAACCUUGUGCUGCCUUCACGGGACAUGGGAUAGAUCCAGAUGGUCUUUGACUAAAAGGCUUAAAGCAAAAAAAUACUUUCAGUGGCUCUCGGUUGUGAAGAUUUUAAUAGUUCCACAGUAAAUCAUUACCUCUAGACAGAUAAUUAAAAUACAAACAAUCCAUGAGGAUACAAACUCUUAGUUCGAUUUAAUAAAGACACCGUGGGUCCUGUAGAAGACAGGACAAAUUUACAAGAAAGCUAAAACGCCAAUUAUUCCACAUCUUUGAAUAAAACCUAACGUCCUCCAUUUUCUCUACUAUUUCGCCUCUUUGAAAUGGUAACCUGUCUGUGGUGCUUUUAAUUAAAUAAGAUCAAUACAACUGUCUUGACUCAGUUUAGCAAGCUCACCAUACUGUUUGUCAAAUCAUCUCUUUUAAAGGUCCAUAUAAACAUGUAAAAUAUAGGACAGCAUUGCUGAGAACAGUAAAAACAAACAAAACAGUGAUAGAAAAAUCAAAAAGACCGUUAUUAAGGAGUGAGGUAAAAUACAUUUAGAUUGAAGAUAGCGGUUUUUUAUUUGAAAUGAUGAACAAAAAUCAUUAAACACUGUUUUUCCGAUUAAACUGGGGACACUGAACGUAACAUGUGGCGUGUUAAACCCCUCCCCGGAUUUGACCGACACGCACGCACCUUGUGCUUGUAAACAGAAGCUCACACGUGACGCAGGGAGCAGAACCAAGUCGCGCGACCGCAUUGUCUAAUCGGACAAAGGAGCUCGAGCUUCGGCCAGGUGAGCGGCCAGGUGUUAUGGCAACCGACGCUAUGUGCCGCAACACGAAGCAGAGUUUUUGCUCUUUUAAAGACCGACGUCUGGUUACGCGUUUUGUCGCUUGAACUUAAUGUCUGAACCGCAAGUCCUGAAGCUCGGUGGGAUAACGUCGUUCUCUGCGUGUUCGCUGCUCUCACGCACGCAGCGGGGUUAACUGGAGAGCCUUUGUUGUUUCAACGCUAAAUCUGGCUGAUAUUCUGUGGCGCUGUCGUCAACUAGCAGUAGCCUUUAGCCUCGACGUCAGAACAAAUUUAUUUCCGAACAACAUCCAUCCGUGUGUGUUAUUUAUUGGCUGGAUGAGAUGUCAUUCGCCAUGGAGGAUAAUUUGGAGUCCGGAUGGGUGUCAGUCCGACCCAGAGUGUUCGACGAGAAAGAGAGGCAUAAAUUUGUUUUCAUCGUGGCCUGGAACGACAUCGAGGGAAAGUUCGCCAUAACCUGCCACAACAGAACCGUCCAGAAACGGAACACUUUUCUGGACCUGGAUUGUAGCCCCGCUGCUGCGCUUCCCGUCCCCGCUGCUGCUAAAAGUCCGGCCAAAGCGAAAAAAGAUGAAGCCUGUCAAGCUGUUGAAGUUAGACCGCACUCUGUCCCGACAGGAAAAACCACAACAGACACCGGAGCUGGAGACACAAAGGCUUUAAAAGACGACAGGUUAAAGGCAUUCGAGUGCGUUAGUCACACAUUAGGGUCCUGGAAUAUUGUGACGUCUAAGGAGAUGGAUUUGGAGAUCCUGGACUCAGUGGAUGUUCCUUCGCCUCCUGAAGAUGCAGACCCAGGAGACGGUGAGACUAACCUCCGCGAGGACUUCAGCUGGGCCGCCCUGUUCUCCUUCCAGGACCUGCGAGCGGCCCAUCAGCAACUGUGCGCCGUGAACUCGAAUCUGGAGCCUUGCCUCCCCUCAUUCCCCGAGGAGCAAUCCGGCGUGUGGACGGUGCUGUUCGGUGCCAGGGGGAUGUCGCAGCGGGAGACGGACGCGCUGUGCUACCAGCUGCAGGUGUACCUGGGUCAUGCCCUGGACACCUGCGGCUGGAAGAUCCUCUCUCAGGUGCUUUUCUCCGAGAGUGACGACACAGAGGAGUACUACGAGAGCCUGAGUGAGCUGAGGCAGAAAGGCUAUGAGGAUGCACUGGAGACGGCCAAAAGGCGCAUGCAGGAGGUGUUGGACAAGCACAAGGCCAUUGACAGCAUGGUGGAGCUGCUGCAGGUGUACCCCGAGGAGGACGAGGCGUACGGAGAAUUGCUCGAGGCGACAACUCAGCUGUACCACUACCUGCUUCAGCCAUUCAGGGACAUCAGGGAAGUGGCAACUCUGCGACGACAGCAAAUUAAGAUCUGCUUGGAGACGGAGCGUCUUGGGCCUCGCCGUGUGGAGAGCCUGAGGAAAGAGGAUGAGGAGUGGCAGAAGAAGGCUCACACUGCUGUGCUCUCCAUUCAAAACCUGACUGUGAAGUUCUUUGAAACUACGACUCGAGCUCAGAAAGCUCUGUAUGAGCGGAUGCGUGCAGACCAGAGGAAGUUUGGGAAGUCGACGUGGGCCGUGGCAAUCGAACGCAUGGAGCGGCUGCAAUACGCCGUUUCCAAGGAAACUCUGCAGCUCAUGAGGGCCAAAGAGAUCUGCCUGGAACAGAAGAAGCAUGGCUUGAAGGAAGAGAUGCAGAAUCUGCAGGGUGGGGAGGAUGCAAUGAUGCGUCUGGACCAGCUGGAGGCGCUUUACUACGAGUUGCAGCUGCAGCUGUAUCACAUUCAGGCAGAGGUGCUGCGCUGUGAGGAACUGUUGCUGACUGCGCAGCUGCAGAGUCUACGCAGGCAGAUGAUGGAGCGACAGGAUGAGGUGGUGUACUAUGAUGCCGUUGAGAGCCCAGAUGCCAUGAAGGGUGAGGAAGAACCUGCAUCCCCACCAUCGCCCCUCAGACAUGAGGAACUCUGUGUCCUCCAGCAGAGGACACGGCAACUAGAGGCCCGGAGGGGCCGCAUCACCGCCAAGAAAGUCUACCUCAAAAACAAGAAGGAAAUCUGUAUCUUCAAUCACAACCAGAAAAUCCAGCAGCGCCAGGGAUGCAAAGCUGACUGCAACUCUCUGCAGGUACUGCAAGAGGUCAGAGAAUCUACAGAAGAUGAUGAAGCCAAGAGAAAUAUAUCAGUGAGUCAGGAAAGGAAGAGGACUCUGGACAGACUUCGCAGCCUAAGACAGCAUUACCCAGGUCAAGUGACUCUAAGGUCCAGCCGUCUGCGUCUGACUCAGAUUCACAGCGGAAGGCGAGCAGGGCAGCAGCCCAGCACCCAGGCAGUCAGCGUCCAGACCGACUCCAUCUCUGACCUACCUGAACUCUCUGCUCCUCCUCCACCUGAUGUCUACUGCUGGGACAGCGCCUCUCUACCACCCAUCGACCUCAAAAGUGUUGAAGCUUUGCCUUCUUUCCUCUCGCUGCCUCCCCUCUCAUCAUCUCCAUCUGUACUCUCGAUGGGACCACCUGCUGCACCUCCUCCUCCACCGCCCCCGCCGCCUCCCCCUCUGCCUCCUCCAUUUCCUCAAUCGCUUCAUCCUACAGAGAACCAAACAACCAGCCCGACGAAGCAGCAAAAGUGCGAGUCCGAAUGCACCUCAUUACCACUGGCUCCGUUUUCCCCUCGAUUCUUUGACAGCAGUCAACUGCUGACUGCGAGGAAGAAGCUGAGGAAGACUGCGUCUCUGGACUCCUCGCAGUGGAGGAAGGCGAGCUCACCCAUGGACGAAGUGUUAGCCUCACUGAAGCGGGGCAGCUUCCACCUGAGGAAGGCUGAGCUGCGUGUCCUCGGGCCCGACCCGGACGACGACAGCAACAACAUCCUGGCUCAGAUCCGACAGGGUGUCCGUCUGAAGAAGGUCCGCACCCGCGCAGAGCAACAGCGCCGCCCCAAGAGCUUCCUGCACUCGGCCGAUGCCCUGACCCGCAGCAUCCACGAGGCUCUCAGGAGAAUCAAGGAAGCUUCGCCAGAUUCAGAGUCUGAGGACGAAGGCCUUCCUUGCACUGACUGGGAAAACUAAAGCAGUUAAAAAAAAGAAAUUCAAAUGUUGAACUUUGUUUUAUAUAAUUCUGUGCAGCCAAAACAAAGAGAAAAGGAUGAGCUGAGUCAAGCAGACAAGCCAGGGUUACCUGAAGGCACCUUGGUGCAAUUAGAACAACAAAAGUUUUUUUUCUAAAUCAGCCACAUUUGUUUUCGUACUCGUGUUUGUAAAGAUGCUACUCGUUUUUAACGUGUUGCUGUUGCAGUCUUGGCGAGGGCACAACCUCUAACCUCCUGUUACAUCAGAGUCGUACUGUAGCUCGUUGUGAUGGGUUUGUUUGACGAAGGAGACACUUGGUCCUUUCUGCUGUAAAGACAGAUAUCAGCUUUUGACUCGAUGCUUUCACUGUACGCCUUCAAACUUUACUUCACAGCAACUAUUUCUACUGAUCAGUAGUACCUGAAAACCUUAUAGAAGUGCCCCCAAACAUUUAAGCAGUUAGCUUCUAACAAACCUACACCUCAUAGACAAUGUGUUUUACUGACUAUUCACUGCUUUUUCUCUGAAAUGCUGUUAGUUUCUUUGUUUUAUUCUCCAGAUCAGGCUGAGGUUGAGUUUGUGCACCACAAAUAAUGUGUCCCCAUGAUUUCUGUGUCCUCCAGCCGAGGACUUGUUCCUCUUCAAAACUUCUCAUCUGCAGAGUUGGCAUGGGUCGGUAUGAGAUUCUCGUCGUAUGACGACCUUCAGUAAAGACGUCACUUUCUCACUGUAUUUAGGUCAAAAUUUCCAACAUAUAAAUUUAACAUGAUCUAAUUUCCCUUUUCAUUAAAAUAGGCAAGCGAGAGUUUUCACCGAAGCUAGAACAGUACAGCAUAUUGACAGUUAUUAUAAUGUUAUAACAUUAUUUAUUUUGUCAUUUAUAUAUUUAUUUAACACUAAUUUAAGGAGUAGUUUUAAAUUGCUUAUGGCACUAGCUUACGUCUUUAGCACAAGUAUAGCAAACUGAUAUGAGCUGGUUAUCAGUUUGGGCUAUUUGUCCUACUUAAGUAAGCUAGCCUUCUUUCAACCAGCUGACUAGCAGUGUGCAGCAUUUAAAAUGUAUCGACAGUAAGAAGGAAACAUUUAGUGGUUUUACAGGCGUAUCUUUCUCAAACCUCAGUAUACCUUGAUACGGUAACUGGCCCAUGCCGAGGUUAGAUGCUAUUCAUGCCAAGUCAGUAUUUUAAUGAACUAUCACCUCUAUGUCAAGGAUAAGGAGGUAUAUGAAUACAGUUUUGAUCGCGGUUGAGUAACUGUCUUAUUUUACUGCCAUAUGAGAUGAAAAAUGACAAAUUUACUAUACUGUUUACUCAUGAUCUCAGUUGUUGGUUGAUGGCCUUCACUGGGAAGAAACUGAGCUGGCAGGAGUGUUUCAGAUGUAGAAACCCUUGAAAAGUAUAUUUAUAUGGUUAAAAUAAGAUUAGAUUAACAGCUGAUAUAAGCAGGCUAUGGGGUAUUUUGAUGUAGAUCAAGAAAUACUUUAAACACAUUUUUUACAUUCUGAUCCCGGUUUUAUUGCCGCCCUCUGGUGGCAGGUGCUCAUCUCUACAGCGAUCAUUUAUCUUCGUCUUUUUUUGACUGCCUUGUUUUUUUUGGGGGGGAGUGGGGUUACUGUUUUUUGUUUCUGGACUUGGUGUUUACGUUUGGUGUGUGAGUGAUUAUUAGAUUUUUUAUUUCAUGUUUUUUUUUAUCCUGAAAAUCAACUUAAUGUUCUGUGGCUUUAUUCUGAGAUACGUUCUCUUUUUUUCCUUAUAGGUAAAUGGAUUGUUUGGUUUUUUUCUUCUUUUUAAUAUUUGUUGAAUGCCGAUUUAUAACUUUCAGUUAGAUUAGCAAAGCAUUAACAAAUGAAGAGUUGCGAACUGCAACCACAGCCUACACAGUUGUAUUUAUUUUUAUUUUGUUUACAGCCUAGGUAGUUGAUUAGGUGCUAAGGCAGGGGUUCCCAAAGUGGGGGGAUGUCGCGGGACACCAAGUGGGAGGAUGAGAGAUGAUUUUCAGAAUCGUCAUGAUGUGACCGCUGAGGGGUAUGGGAAGGGGUAUGAAAUUGAAUUAUCAAAUGUCAUUUAAAAAAAAUACAUUUAAAAAUAUAAUUAUCAUUCGCUCUCUAAAUUUAUUCAUAAAAUAUAGUGUAAAAAUUGUGUAUUUUAGGCGGUCACCAGUCUCUGGCACUGUUAUUUUGGGGGUCACAUGCUGAAAAGUUUGAGAAAUCCUGUUCUAAGGCCUCAGAUCCUCCUAAACGGUGGAGAUCAGCAGAUCAUGUUUUUAGCCUUAAGUGUUCACGCUACUAAGCUGUCGGGUUGUACAGUACUGAUUACUCCCUAAAUCCGAAUUUUAGCUUCAGUUAAAUGUCUGUGAAUUGACCAAGAUAAUCAUGUGUCCGGCACUGAGAACUGAAACCCAGCAACAAAAUUUCUAUUCUCUGUUUAUUGUUUUCUGGAGAGAAGUUUGAUGUAACAUUUUUAGGAGUUUCUUCAAGCUUUUGGAAUUUGUUUUAACAGGACAAACACAGAGCACACUAUUUACACCAUUUGUUUUUAUCUUUAUGCUAAGCUAACUGUGGCCUCGCUGUAUUGGUCGAAGCCGCCAUGAUUCAUUUGCAAGCAACUCCUUGUUCCCUGCACACCCCUGUGAAGCCGCCACAGCUGAUGCAUUUGGGUUUGUGUUGUUGCUUUUUCCGGCUUACUGGUUUGUAGAAUCCCCCUUUUUUUUUUUUUUUCAACUCUCAUCCCGUUUUUACAACUUUUCCAUGAGACCGACCUAAGGAGGACAAACCCAUCACAACGUAUGUGCAAUAAUGAAGAUUGGAAAAAAAAAAGUCAUUUUAUGAUUUAUACUGUAAACAAAUGUAAAUCAUGAGAAAUGCAUCCACAUGCCUAAAUGUAUUGAAAUAUUUAUUGAAGCGUCAUAUUUGAAAGAUUUGUUUUAAAUGUACUUGAUAAAGUUUCUGUUAUUCCAUUCCUCUGCUUUUCCAUAACCAACAAAUAUCUUUAUUUUUCCUUUCAUAAUAAAAGCACCAAAAUUUUGUCUUAUUAAA